UAUAAUGAAAAGAUCUGCGUUGAGAAUAUGAGGGUGAAAAACGCUGAAAAUGUAUGCACAGGAGAACAGACCAUCAUCCAUACUGGCCAGGAAGGUGAUAACAAAGACGAGGACAUUCCAAAACAGAGGAUGAAAAGUCCCAAAAGAAUUCUGCUUGAAGAAAAUACUGAAGUGAUGUUAAAACGGCACAUCCUGGAAACAGGCAAAUUACUGGUGACUAGGAGGGGAGCUGUAGCGGCAGUAGUCAAGCGUCUGAAAGACUACAACAUGGUGGUCAUAGCUGGCGUUACGGGAGAGGGGAAGACAACCCUGGGUAGGGAAAUAUGUAAACAGUUAAGAGACGGUACCCUUGACAAAGAUAUCAAACCCAAAACACCCGUCCUCAUGACUAUUCCUCAAGACUGGAAUGAUGUCGUGAAUGACAAAGAUGAUAUCAUUGUGUUUGUAGAUGACAUAUUCGGGAAGACAAAUUAUCAGACAGGGCUUCUGAAUGGUUGGAAACCAUUCUUUGAUAGAAUGUUAGAUUGUUUACAGGAGAAAAAUGUUUGUUUGGUGUUAACGUCUCGUACGCACAUACUCAAAGAUGCCAGACGGGAAUCAGGGGUAUUCGUUGAAAUGGUAAAUGACCACAUUCUUUCCGAAAGGAAAACCGUAGAUUUGACUGACGACCAGAAAUUGACUUCGACUGAACGUUCGGACAUUUACCAUAAUUAUUAUCGCCAGAGAAAGGUUGACCAAGGCGGCUUGUCUACCGUUUCAGUUCAUAGUUUUCCACCAAAUAUUUCUUUGGGUUUUGCUCAAGUUUGUAAGCUUUUUGUCACCAAUGAUAAAUUUUUUGAGAAAGGUGAACAGUUUUUUAUGAAGCCCGAUAGAAUACUGACAGAAGAAAUAGAAAAAAUGAGGCUGACAGAACCGCACAAAUACCUUGCAUUGGUAUACUGUUUCUUAAACGAUCAAACUGUAGACAGUAAAAAACUCAAUCGCCUCAAAAUAUCAAGGGAAGAUUAUGAGACUUUGAAAAGCUAUGCAGAAGUUUGUGGCGAUAUUCAGAUUGACAACGCAUUAACUCUGCUCAAAAACGGACUUUACGCUCUAGAUC